AAAAAAAUGUUAAAUACCUCCCUUAACCGCACUCUAAGCCGCUGCUCCCUCUUCCCUCAUCACAAAAAUUUCACUCUAAUUUCAAAGCCGAAUCUUUCCUUGCCUCGAAGUGUUAAAUUCAAGACAAGGCAGCAUGUGAAUCCUUUGAAAAACACAGACUACGGUCAGCCCUCUUCUCCAUCAAGUUACUGCUGGAGCAAGCACUUCCCUCACAUGAAGGAAGAUGACAGAGUGUCUAUUCUGGAUAUAGGGUGAGGCCACGGGAAGUUCCUGCUUGAGCUAUCCCGAAUGUAUCCAGACCAUCUUCUGCUUGGCAUGGAAAUCAGGCAAAAAGUCGCCCAAUUCGUGGAUGAGAGUAUCCAAGCCCGGAGAGAUACCGAGAGCAAGUACUUUAACGUUUCAGUCAUCUGGACUAAUGCAAUGCGAUAUCUGAGGAGUUAUAUCAGUGAGCAACAGCUUUUGAAAGUUUUUAUAAAUUUUCCUGAUCCUUACUUUAAACGGAGGCAGUUUAAGAGAAGAUUUGUCAACCAGAAGACCGUUUCGGAUAUUGCUGACCUUCUCCGGAAAGAUGGAAGGAUAUACACAAUCACUGAUGUUAAAGACCUUCAUGAUUGGAACCAUAGCUUUAUGGCCAAAAAUCCGUAUUUAGAGCCAGUCUCCGAAGAGGAUCUACAGCAGCCUGAUCUAGAGAUACUUUCACUGAUGAAGCAGACGGAUGAAGCUUUAAAAGGCGAAAUUGAGAAGGAAAUGUUUAUCUCUGUUUUUCAAAAGAUCUAAACAUUCUUUUGUUCAUAAAUAUCUGUUUUAAAUCUUAAUUUUUUAAUUUUU